CCUGAUCUGGCAUAUCAACUCUAGAAAUUUAUUGGGUAAAACUGGAAUUGUCCUGCCUGAUGUUGGUCUCUUAUAAAAGCCUGUGAUUCCACAUUUGAAUUGAAUAUUUUAGAAGAAAAAAACAACAACAAAAAAGAAAAGAAACCUGAGUACAUACCAAUAAGGCAAUACUUGGCAGGUAUUUGCACUGAGCACUGCACUAGGCUGGCGCUGCUGCUGGCUUGUUGCAUAUCAUAGUUCAUAGAUAUCCCCUACAUUCCUCAGGGUUUAGGCGCUUACGCAAUAUCGGUUAUCGUCUUUCGUCCGCCUCUUCAUCGGUCGGUCGGUCGUGUCGUCAUCGGCUAAGGGCGCAUAGCCAUAGCGCAAGCGUAUACUUUGUCACCUCAAUCGUGCCUACAAUAGUUGAAUUUUUGAUGAGGAUACACAAAUAGAGGUAUACGACUCGAGUUCGAGUACAUUACAUAUACUCGUAGUUUUACCUACCUACAUAAAAUUAGAUAUAAGUCAAAUAAACAAAUCUGCACUCAUAUUAUGCUUUAUAAUGAAAGAAGAUUCACUAUCUUGAACUGAGAUUACACAUUUUGUCGGUCAAAAAGAGGCCACCUAGAAAGGAAUUGUUUUCAUAUUUAUCUAAAUACAUCACAUCGUUUAAACUUUCUAUGACAAUGAAGAAUGGAUUUUCUACUAUUAACCGAUUGCUUGGCAAGCAUAAAGAAUCAAACAGCAACUUAUCGAGGUCAUCAACAAAUUUGAGCGUCACCAAAUCCACUGUAAAUAUCAACGAGUCUAGUCAAGUACAUCAAAAUAGGAUUACGCCUUUACCGAUAGCCACAAGCAAUGCUCCGUUCGAGCAGACAUUUCGCAUUACUGUCUUGUUGCCCAGGGACCAGCUUUAUGUGGCACGUCUUGGGGCAAAAGUCUUGCUGCACAAACUCCUACAAUUGGUAUGUGAGAAUAAACAACUGGACCCGGACAAAUACGAGUUCCAGCACCCAGCUGAUCCUAGUCAAAUUUUUAGUUGUGAUCUUACAAUCGGAGCGGUAGGACUUUCAGAAAUUCGUUUGUGCAACAAAUCAGAUAACAACGACGGCGCUUCUAGACGAAACUCAUUUUCUUCAUCGAAGUUUAGCAGAAAUUCCAAAAACAUAUCCAAUACGCCAAGUUUGUACAGUUCAAGGAACUCACUCAAUUCAAUUAGUUCAUCCGGCAUUGACUCCAACUUUCGGCAAUUCCCAUCGGAAUCAGCAACUCCGAAACAUUUGGCACCAGUCAUACCAGCUCGGAAAAAGCGACUAGCACCAAGGCCACCGAGUCAAAAUUUAUCUACUGAUAACGAAGUAGUUUUCCGAACAAAAACAAGUAGUGAAUUGUCAAUAAACAUCGAUAAGGAAGAUACACAACAUCGAAGUCUCAAUUCAGAACAGAAUUUAGGUCGUACAUCAGAACAGAGGAUCAGCGAAGAAUUGAAUAAAAAUAUUCUUUCAAUUGACUGCAAUGGGAAUACCAAAGGAACAUUACAAAAGAACGGAAACUGCAUAACUCAAUGCCAAGAGGCAAGCAGUGAACCAUUGGCGCCAAGUAUUGAAGUAGUAUCCAGCGAAUCUUUUAAUUCUCAUACCAGCAUUGAAAAUAUUUCAACUCUUAACCAACCAGAGCCAUCGCCACGACGAAAAAUCCAGACACUACCGAAAAAACCAGUUCCAGUGGCUCCACCAAGGUCGACUAAAUCUCCAACCGAAAAGAUCAAUGACACACACUUUGAAGAAAAUGUGUCUAAUGGUUUGUCCACAUUAAAAGUUCGACCUAUUGCUCUGCCAAGGUCAAUAUCUUCAAGUAGUCUUAUUUCUGAACCCGGAGAACAGAACGGUGUAAAUUCGAAAAAUAAAUCCGAAAUUGUUGGAAGUCUGAGUACGACUCCAGAACCGAGUUUACUUUUACAACCUCCGGAUGAUAGAUCUACUCCUGCCGAAAGCACCAAUUCACCGUCAAAAGGGCCUGUUCUAGAUGACGGAGAGGAAAUCAUUGAUCAAUCAUGGAACUCUUCAUCUACGCAAAGUUUAGAAAGAAAAGACAAGUUGUUUGUUGAAUCAAGCUCUGAAGAUGAUGAAAUGGUCAAGGUUUAUGAUCUGAAGCUUGGAAAGACCAUUGUGAAAAGUUUGUCCAAUCAUAAAACAUCUGAAGUACUCGAUACGUUUUUGCCACCUAAUAACUUCGAACAAAAGAUUCAACCCAGUUCAUCUCCCUGCCCACAAGAGAUUGUUAAUUCAUCAAAAAUUGCUGAUGUUAAUGAAAAACAGGUGGUAGCUGAAGUAAGUAAGCCUAACUCCCCAGAACUCAAUUAUUCGUCAUCAUUGGAACACAACCAGGUUGUUAGUCUAGUUGAGAGUCCAGAGUCGUCGUUUGUACCAAGCAGUAAAAUGGAGAACCAAGACAAACUUAUAGUCGAAGACAAGCUUAACAAACACAUGGAGGAACAACAAAAGGUUGAGGAUGUAAAUAUCAAAUGUGAAAAUCGUCCACAUCAGUCUGUAGUUGAAAAGCCAGAACCAGAGGAAGUUAGAAAAGUUACGGUCAACUCUGAAGACCUCACACAAAAAAACCUGUUGAGUCAGCUCCCCGAAGAGCCAAUACCAACAAAAACAAAUCAAACAAUCGAAAGCGCAGUUGAAAAACAAGUGCCCAAGAUAACAAAUGACAGGAUCACUACCUCCAUUCAAGUAACUGGUAAACAAGAGCCCUUGAUAAGCACAUUGGAGCGAUUGGUAGAUGACGAAGAGAUACAAGACCAAGACGAGAACAACUUUAAAACAACUUCUAUACAAACAAAACCUGCAAUACAAACAAAACCAGCAGUUCCAAUUAAAUCAGCUUUAGCAACUCGGAGCUCUUCAUUUUUGUCGCUAGCUCAACUAGAUUCAAACAAUCAGCGAAAUUACACCGAAACAGACGAAUAUUUUAGCCACCGCCGAAGAUCGUCAAGUGAACUCAGUAUUGGCGAAUCCCCAAGCCUCCAGAGCUUAGGAGUGAUCAAAUCUAUUCUGAAUUUAAGAAAGAACAGUCUUAACGGCAACAACGAGGAAUCAAAUCGAUCCCCUCCAACCGAAUGUGAUAUCCAACCAAUGGAAGAACCAUCACCAAAGAGUAAUAAUAUAUUAAAAAGAAAUAAACUGAAUCAAACAGGUGAAACAGAAAAAAUCUACCGGUAUUCGGGGCCACCUAAUAUACAUUUUUCUACUUGGAGUGACCGGCCCAAGGUCCAGGUUUUAAUUAAAAACGAACAAGACUGCGUUGUUGAUGGAAGUAAAGGCGGCAGCGGAAACGGAAGGGGCAGUGUCCAAAACACCACCAGCACUGUAAAUAGAGGUGAUUUUGCGCUGCAAAGGAAUAAUCAAAGAUUUAGUACUAGUCCAGUAUCGAUGGAAUAUGUUAAAAACACCAACGGAAAGGAAACACUUAAAGAAACUACAUCCAACUAUUCGAUCGGAAGAGAGGUGACUAAAUCACAGACUACAAUCACUCCCAAAUUUGUUUUGGGCGCUCGAACGUCCAACCAAUGGCCGGUUGCAUCAGCAACUUCGAAUGGAUCAACGCACAAUAGUCGCCCCCUAAGCCAGCCCCCUCUAUACAGAUCGACAUCAAUAACAAGGAUUAUAUCAGAACCUCCUGUGAUCAAGCAAACGCAACCUGCCUUCGGACAGGGUACCUUGCGCAAAACCGGUUUCAAAGAGAAAAUUGUACCUUCGCAAGAUAUCGAUACAAAUACUGAUGUUGAUGUCGAUGUCUCAAAAACAACUCCCUUCGCCCUUAAAAACCAAAUAAACCCACAAACCACACCAAAAAUUACUAAAACUAACAUCAAUGUCCGAACAGAAGCGUCAGCGUCCUCGUCCUCGUUGUCGUCGCCUGUUUCGACUGUUCCCGAAGCACCUCCACCACCAAUUAUUCGAGCAGUUGUUACAAAACAAAAAUCAAAUAAUAGAACACAGAUAUCGUUGAACACAGUAGAUCCUAGAGAUCAAUUGCUUUCGGCAAUACGCAGUUUUAAACGAGACGAACUUAAGAAUGCAAAUAUUUAAUGAAUUAAUAAAUAUGACUGGUUGAUAUUGUUAA